GGCUGGGAGCCAUGGCUUCCCUGGAUGCUGAGUGUGAGCCCAGCACCACAGCCCAGCCUGCAGCAGAACCAGAGAUUGUCGUGCUGGAAUCAAGUCCCGGCAACAAAGGAAAUCUAGGGAUCAGUGAAGCCACUGAACCGACCUCCAGGAGACUGGGGCAGGGGGCAAAUUCUGCAGCGAUUGCCAGCGGCCCGAUGGGAAACGUCGGCUCACAGAACAGCAAGGAGGCGUCUCACUCUGGGACCGGCCAGGAGGCUGUCGCAGAGACCCCUGAGGCAGAAGCUGCUGUGGGCACAGCCAUCCGAGAAGAGGAGUCGGGCAGCAGAGAGGCACCGUGCAAACCCGCCGAGAGCUGUCUGGGCUUGGAGCCCCAGUCCUCGGACCCAGUGACCGUCAGUCGGUCCACAGCUCAGCCUCUUCCCAAAGGUCAUGCUGCCAAAACCUUCCCUGCCUCCCCCACCAAGGUUCUGGGGACCAACCGUGCCAAGAUGACGCUAACCGGGGUCAGCAAGUCUCCCAACUCCAUCCAGAGCCUGGCCAUGAAGCUGCUGAGCGUGCCGAGUAGCCGGGUGGGGAACGAGGCGGUCUCAGCUCCGGCUCCGGCUCCGGCUCCAGCUCCAGCUCCAACUCAGGCUCCAGCCCCAGCCCCAGCCCCAGCCCAGGCUCCAGCCCCAGCCCCAGCCCCAACGACGGCCUCGGCUCCGGUUCCGGUUCCAGCCCCAGCCUCCUCCCCAGUCCCAGCCCCGGAAGAGAAGCCCAAAGUCCACAAGGCACGGAAGUCGAUAUCCAGAUCCAACGCCGCUCAGAGGGUGCCAGCAGAGAUGGGGAGCCUACCCUCCGAGUGGGUGAGCCAGGCGCCUGUGGGCAUGGCCGAGGUGGAGUAUGUGGCCCAGCCUCAGGAGGAGAACCCAGAGGGCCACAGAGCGAGGAAGUCGAUACUGAAAGGCAGUUUCAGUCAGAGCUUGGCAGAGAAGUUGGGAAGCUUGCCCAUCGAGCGGGUGAGCCAGCUGUCUGGGGGACCAGUAGAAGUGGAGCACAUGGCCCAGCCUCAGGACGAGAACCAGGAGACCCACAGAGCGAGGAAGUCGAUACUGAAAGGCGGCUUCAGUCAGGCGUUGGCCAUGAAGAUGGCCAGCCAACCACUCAGCAAUGUUUCUGAGGAGAUGGAGACCAGCGUUCCGGGUCCUGGGGAGUAUCUGGAAGUUCACAGGGCCAGAAAGUCGCAUCUCGGAGGAAGCAUCAGCCAGAGUCUGGCCAGGAGCCUGCCGAGUGAGACCAUCAGCCAGGGCAGCGGCGAGGUUUCCACGGUGAUGGUGGAGAGGCAGAACGCUCCCCAGGCGCUGGCGGAGAAACCGAAACUUCACCGGGCCCGGAAGUCCAUGUUCAAGUCCAGCCCUGCCCAGAUAAAACUUGUGGAAAUGAAAGACUCGGAUCACACCGGUCCUGUUCGGCAGAGCACCCAGCUGCAGUUUGAGCUGCUGCCUAGCAGAGGGGCAGUCGAAGGCACCGCAGGUGUGCAGACAGGACUCAUCAAGAGGCGGAAGCCGGAGAGCUUGGGGCCGGAGCCCAUGAAGGCAAACAGCCUCCUGAAGGAAGAGAUGGCCAAGGAGAUCAGUCCGCUGGGAUCCAUCAGGGGAGGUCACGGACCCAGGGCUGACGGCAGUCCAGUGGCCGGCGCUGUGGCUAUGGGUUUGGGCGAUGCGAUGAGCAGGGUCCGAUCCCAGGAGGUGAAGGCAGUCACCAGUGGGGCUAGCUCCAUUCCAGUACUGGACCUUUCCAAGGAGGCGGAGGCUGAUGACAAGGAGGAGCCAAUGGAACCAAUGGAUGACUGGGAUGCAGAGGUCGGCGAUGACUUCAGUCUCUUCUAUGACAGCUACUCGGUGGAUGGGAGAGCUGACUCGGACAAGUCCAGCAAGACCGAGGGCGAGGUGGGAGAGGACCGACUGAGUGACGUGGAGGAUGACGAGGAGGAAUUGGAAGGUUCUGGAAAUCUCUCCGACAGGAGCUCCAACUCCAGCUUGAAGAGGAAAGGCAAGAAGAAGUGGAAGAGUGAGAGCCCAUGGGUGAAACCAAGCCGGAAACGCAGGCGGAAGGACCGUGUGAAGCCGGGGAAAGGAGGAGCAAUGAAUUCAACGGGAGGAGGCAACCAGGCACAGAGCGAGUACACAGAGGUCCCUUUGGGCUCCUUGGAUCUUCCCAAUGACAGCAGCCUUUCUCCACAACCCACAGGAGUAUCCAAUGAUGCCAGCUCCAUGGAGACAGAUAAGUUUGAGGAGCUUCCGCUGUGCAGCUGCCGGAUGGAGGCUCCGAAGAUCGACCGUAUUACCGAGCUCUCCAACAACACCUGCAUGGCCACGGAAAGCACCGAUGGACAGCUGAGUGGCUGCAGUAACAGCAUCACCAAAUGUGAGACCAUGCGACCGUCCAGCCGGGUGUCCCUGAUGGUGCUGUGUGAAGUGCACCGAGCUCGGAUGGUGAAGCACCACUGCUGCCCAGGCUGUGGCUACUUCUGUACUGCGGGAUCCUUCCUGGAGUGCCAUCCCGACUUCCGGAUCACUCACCGCUUCCACAAGAGCUGCGUAUCCCAGCUCAAUGGGAUGAUCUUCUGCCCUCACUGCGGGGAGGACGCCUCGGAGGCCCAGGAGAUCACUGUGGCCAAGGCCGACACGUCCACCAUGGUGCCCGUACCCGCUCCCCGCAGCCAGGACCACCUGAUGAACGGGAGAGCGGACACCACACACGCCAGCGCCAGAAUGAGUGGGAACGGGGAGGCGAAGAGGUCGAGCCUGGAACCCCCAGCAGACAGCAUCGACAGCUCAGGCCCGUCCAUCACUCUGUCCACAGGCAAGGUGCUGUCAGCUGUCGGACUCCCUCCCGGACCCGGCCGGGAAGCCCUGGAGAAAGGACUGGCCCUGCAACAGUCGGAACGGCGGAAGAAGCUGCGAUUUCACCCCCGCCAGUUAUACCUGUCGGCCAAGCAGGGCGAGCUGCAGAAGGUGCUGCUGAUGCUACUUGACGACCACGAUCCGAACUUCCAGAAUGACCAGCACAGCCGGCGGAUGCCACUGCAUGCAGCAGCUCAGAAAGGCUACCUGGAGAUCUGCCACAUCCUGCUGCAGGCUGGCGCGAUCGUCGACGUGUGUGACAAGCUCCAGAGGACUCCGCUGAUGGAAGCCAUCAUGAACAACCAUUACGAAGUGGUGAAGUUACUGGCCAAGCACGGAGCCUGCGUCUUUCACAAGGAAUUAGAUGCUUCCUCCUGCUUGCACCAUGCUGCCAAGAAUGGGAGCGUCCAAAUGGUGCAGUUCCUGCUGGCCACUGGACAAGUGGACCUGAACACACAGGACAGUGGAGGCUGGACUCCAGUCAUCUGGGCGGCCGAGCACAAACAUAUCGAGAUCAUCAAACUGCUGCUGGAUCGAGGAGCCAGUGUUGCCCUGAAGGACAAUGAGGAAAACAUCUGUUUGCACUGGGCAGCCUUUGCUGGUUCCUCGGAUAUCGCCGAGGUGCUCCUGAAUGCACGGUGUGACCUGCAGGCUGUGAACAUGCACGGUGACACACCCCUACACAUCGCGGCUCGUGAGAAUUUCUACGACUGUGUCAUACUCUUCCUGUCACGUGGAGCGGAUAUCGAGGUGAAGAACCGUGAGGGCGACAGCCCAUUGGAUUGCUGCGUCAUCAACUCACAGGUCUGGUUCGCCCUCCAGCUCAACAAGAGACUCAAGCAAGGCAUCAUCAAUCGGGCGGUGCGCACCGAGAAGAUCGUCAGCAGGGACAUUGCAAGAGGGUACGAGAACGUCCCAAUACCAUGUGUGAAUGCAGUGGACGAGGAGACGGCUCCAGAAGAUUACAAGUACAUCUCUGAGAACUGUGAGACGUCCACGAUGAAUAUCGACAGGAACAUCACACACCUCCAGCACUGCACCUGUUUGGAUGACUGCUCCUCCAGUAACUGUCUCUGUGGCCAGCUCAGUAUUCGCUGCUGGUAUGAUAAGGAUGGGCGUCUGUUGCAAGAAUUUAACAAGAUCGAACCUCCCCUGAUCUUUGAGUGCAAUCAGGCAUGCUCCUGUUGGAGGUCGUGCAAGAAUCGCGUGGUGCAAAGUGGAAUCAAGGUCCGCCUGCAGCUGUACCGGACGGAGAAGAUGGGCUGGGGAGUGAGAGCCUUACAGGAUAUCCCACAAGGAACCUUCAUCUGCGAGUACGUGGGCGAGAUCAUCUCGGACGCAGAGGCCGAUGUCCGUGAGGAUGACUCCUACCUCUUUGACCUGGACAACAAGGAUGGAGAGGUGUAUUGCAUCGACGCCCGUUACUACGGCAAUGUGAGCCGCUUCAUUAACCACCUGUGCGAUCCGAACAUCAUCCCUGUCCGCGUUUUCAUGCUACACCAGGACCUGCGUUUCCCCCGGAUCGCGUUCUUUAGCAGCCGGGACAUCCGGACAGACGAGGAACUGGGGUUCGAUUACGGCGACCGGUUCUGGGACAUCAAGUGUAAAUACUUCACUUGCCAGUGCGGCUCUGAGAAGUGUAAGCACUCGGCCGAGGCCAUAGCCCUAGAGCAGAAUCGGCUGGCCAGACUCGAAGCCUACCAAGAUGCCAUGCCUGAAAGCAGCCUGACUGUGAUUGGGCCCUCUUGAGCCCCUCGUCUUUCUGUCCCUCGCUCUGUCCCCUCCCUCUCUUCAGCCCGAAUUCUGCAGCACUGAGAGAACAGUCAUCCCCCACCCCCACACCUCAUCGUCUCCACCCACCAAACUCUCGUGGAAACUCUGGCCCAUUCUGGAGGUGGUUGGAGUGUUUACUUUCCACACAGCUCGAAGGGCAGGGCUUGUUAUUAACCAUGCAGCUCCAGUGAAAGCUGUCCCUUAGAGAUGCCAGGGUAGAUUUGCUCAGGAUUUAACCUCCACACAGCACCGGUCGAGCUGUUUCCAUGCCUGAGGCGAGGACACUAACAGCCCACGUUAUACCCAUUCAGCACCAGGAGCUACCCCUCUCCCUCCCUGCUGCUGGAGGUGUUGUCCAGUGGCUCUCAUUAGUUUUGCCCUGUGUCUUAAACUGUGAAUUUUAAAUCUUCCAUCGUGAACGGCAUUGCUGUAGAGACCGGUCUUUGAAGUCAGGCAGUGUUUACAGGAGUGGUCCGUAGUGAGGAGGGGGUGAGCUUCCUCCUGGGUUCAGUUGAUCUGAGCGGGUGGGCAAGUGAUGAGGGAACCUGCUGGGUGAACUGUCCAGCACAAGAGGGAUCUUUUGGGAGAGGGUGGGGGAACAUGCUGCAACAUUCCCAGCCCUCCGCCUUCUUGGCUCUACCAUGGGCACACUUCCCACUCUUGGAAUGGGAAUCUCCAAGCUGUCUCGCUCUCCACUUGGAUCUGACCUGGUGACAUCCCUUCUGUAUGCUGGAUCCACUCAAAACCAGCACAGCAGCCCCCCCCCCCCACACAUCUCCACUCCCCCACCCUUGGCAACAGCGAGCUCCUUCCAAUCCCACCUCCACAGCAUUUACUGAGGGAACAACCCAUUAUUGGAGGGACCACCAAGGAAGUACUGGUCAUGUUGGUGUAGCCAUGCUGAGGGAGCGCUGCACUGUGGGAGGGUCACACUGUGGGAGGGGCAGUGCUGAGGGAGUGUCACACUGUGGGAGGAGUUGUGCUGAGAGAGGGUCACACUGUGGGAGGAGCAGUGCUAAGGGAAUGGCGCACUGUGGGAGGGAUGGUACUGAGGGAGCAUCACACUGUGGGAGGGAUGGUACUGAGGGAGCGUCACACUGUGGGAGGGGCAGUGCUGAGAGAGUGUCACUGUGGGAGCA